CAGUAUAAUUAUAACUAUAAUAAUUUUAUUGAUAAAACAUUUUUGAAGCUGAAGCACAAAGUGGUUUCCAGAUUAAAGGACAUCCCACGUGAGUCCCUCAUAUAAAGAAAUACAAAACCAAUUAAAAACAUGAGCACAAAUGUAGGUGCAGGUGCAAAAUAAAAGAAAUAAGUUCAUAUAAAACCAGUUAAAAUUUAAGUAAGGGCAGAUUUAUAAUGAUCUCAUAUAAAGAAGAUAUAUAGAGGCCAAUAAAAGAACAAAUUAUUGAAUUUAAAACAGAUGAAAACACAAAAAAACUGCUUUGUCAGUUUCCCAGUUUGAACAUGCAACAAACUUUUAAAAAAUCUGUUCCUAAUUAGUGCGCAGUUUGGAAUUGGGACGCAGCUUAAGGUUUUGUUCCGCUCCAGCUCAAUCGGCCAAUAACAAUCAAUCGUUAAUUGGCAAAAGAGGAAGGAGUUGUGCUACGCCUGAGAGGCAGAACCCAGGGCAGGAAAGCACCCAGUUAGUUCACAGAUAAAACACAGCCUCUACUGAUUGGCAUCAAAAUUGAACCUGGUGGUUAAAUUUAGAUAAUUGUUUGAAGCAUGUGUGAGCUGAGUCUCUUUCUCAUCCGUCUGCUCACUUUUUAAGAGCCACAGCCAGAAACAAAGGAGGCGUUCUCUGUCUCUAUUGAGGAGACGAUUUGUAGCAAUGGUUACAUGGGGGCGUCAUUGCCAUUGUUUUUCCUUGAAUGGUCUCCUACAUUGUGAACAAUAUAAUUAGCUGUUCUCUCAUGAGGAAGUGUGGUUAGUUGUUUUCUUCAUAGAGCUGUACCCGAGACGUGAAAGAAUGUUUAAGAUUAAUGUUGUUUCACAAAUAUAAAUCAUAAAUGAGCAACACCAGCGGUAUUUCUGGUACAUCUGGCACACCUUAAUUAAUGCUGUCUGGAAAAUAAUUCACCUUCAAAGUGUUCCAGCUCAAUGAAAGAUCAAGAAAGUGGGUUUUCUUUUCACCACAAUGACAUAACUGGUUAUAAGUCAUCACCUUUAAGAGCUGGUGGGCACACCAAUCUCCUUUUUUUAACCGUUAAUAAUGAAUUUAUUUGCUUCCUUUGACGUAAACAAAGUUACUCGGAAGUUAUUCUUAAACGCUUCAAGACAAGUGGCUCUGAAUGAUGGUAAAAGAAGGCGUGAUUAUGCUGUUGGUGUCUGAAAUAUGUUUUGUGUUUUGUCGUCCACACAUCACAUUCCUUGUAAAGGUUUAUUAUGUGGCUUUGAGGCAGGUCCUGAACAGACACAUGAUGGUAUAAAAACUGAAUCCCCAAACUAAGACACCAGCUUCCACCGUGGCACAGGGAACUCAGAAGGACUAAUGCACAGAGGAUGGAUGUAGAUUAGGAUUUUGUUUGUUAGUUGAGAACUUGGUGUUGGUGGUUGGAUCGAGUUGAGGACGUUUUUUUAUUUUUUUAUUAUUGCCCUAAUAAUGGAAAAUCAAAUAAAAGGGAAGAGGAGACUGGAGUUCAUGGUGCUUCUUGUUUUUCUGACAACAGCCUCAUCCGUUGCCCAAAGCAGAGAAGAUUUUACAGAAGCGGUGGUGUAUUUAAGGAAGUAUGGCUAUCUGCACAUCCCACUGGACAGUAAAGGCCAAAACCAUUCACCCGAGGAGAUAGUGGAAGCCUUAAGUAUCUUUCAGAAAGCGACAAACCUGCAAAUCUCAGGAAAACUGGAUUCAGCCACUCUGGCGAUGAUGAACAACCCUCGGUGUGGUCUAGAAGACUCUUUCAAUCACAAAUCUCUCAAAUAUCGAGUCUUGGGUUACUGGCGCAAGAAGAUGCUGACCUACCGCAUCUAUAAUUACACUCCUCACUUGAGUCAGGGGAAGACCCGUCUGGCCAUCCAGAGUGCGUUUAAGUACUGGAGUGACGUGUCGCCUUUAAGGUUUAAGGAGUUGCAGCAAGGAAGAGCCGACAUCAAAAUCUCCUUUCACAGAAAAGACAAGACGUGUCCAGUGCCCUUUGAUGGGCGAGGUCAUGUUUUAGCCCACGCCGACGCCCCAGAGUCAGGCAUCGUGCAUUUUGACAACGAUGAAGUGUGGACAGAAGGGAAGAGCUACGGCUCCAACCUGAGGAUUGUUGCAGCCCACGAGAUCGGCCACGCUCUCGGCCUGGGCCACUCGCAGCACUACAGCGCGCUGAUGGGACCUGUGUACAACGGAUACCGCUCAGACUUCAAGCUGCAUUCAGAUGACAUACAAGGGAUCCAGGCUUUAUAUGGAAAGCCAGAGAAGACUCCUCCAUCCAGAAAGCCAAGUCCAAUAGUUCCAGCAGGAGUUGUUCCAGAUCCUUGCAAGGCUACUCUGGAUGCAGUAAUGUUGGGUCCUUUGCGUAAGACAUACUGUUUCAGUGGUCAGUACGUGUGGACGGUGUCCAGCUCUGGCUACAACACUCCCAUCCUGAUCUCUGCACUGUGGAAGGAGCUGCCAGGGAGCCUCAGUGCAGCUGUUCACUCUCAGCGGACUGGCAAGACCUAUUUUCUGAAAGAAGACAAAGUAUGGAGAUACAACGGCUUCAAACUUGACCAUGGCUACCCCAAACUCUUGACCAAUAUCCCUGCUAACAUUGACUCAGCCUUGUACUUCAAUAAGAACAAAAAAAUUAUCUUUUUCAAGGGCUCUGGAUAUUGGCAGUGGGAUGAAAUUGGCCCGACAGACUUCAGCUCAUACCCCAAACCUACUGCCCAGCUCUUCCAAGGGUUGCCCAGCAAUACUGAUGCCGCACUAACAUGGACAAAUGGUCAUAUAUAUUUGUUUAAAGGCAGUCAGUACUGGCGUGUAAACCAGCAAUACCAAGCAGUGGAGAAGGACUAUCCUCUAAGCACUGACACACGCUGGAUGCAGUGUGACGACUGAGCCACCAGAGGUCCCCAGGGAUUCAACACAAACCUUAACUGCACAGUGAUUCAGUAUUAAAACAGCCAGAGAUGCUUAUUUAUUAAUUGUAC